CGUCGAGUCUAGCUCUCACACUGAAUCGCGGUGGGUUGUCCUUGUGUUGAACAUGGCUUCCUGAGACUUCCUGAGACUCAAUUGGGGUUAGAGUUGGCAUUUGCAUUCUUGUUGACGUUUCUUUUCAGCGUGGUGCAACCCGCUCGAAAGCCCAGGCGUUGGGUAACGGUACCGAUUACCUUAUCUUACCUGCACCGAGGCCGCCGAGCGUAUACUAGGUCGGCACAGUCGGUACCGCCUCCGGAGCGAUCCCCGGCCCGCAGAUUGACCAAGUGGCCGGGUCAGCCACCAGCCCAAACGCGGGUCGCCGGAAGCCGUCAGACCUCUGCAACGGUUCAUAAUGCCCGCUUCCGAGGGGGGUGGCAGUGUCCGCCGCAGACGGGUACGAAGGCGCCGUCAAGACAAGGCAGCCGUCUCGGCACGUCUGGUCCUCGACGACCACAUCAAGACCGAUGUGGGCAUUGUGUCCGAGGACCUGUUCAAUGAGCUAUUUCCUCACCUGCGGCACGCCGACAACCAGGACGACCAAUCGCCUACCCUCCCUGCCGCCCUCCAUGUCGCAAUCGCUCCGUGGACAUCGAUCCACCCACCCGAGACAACCGACUGGACCAUAGUUCCUGUUACGCCAUCGUCUGCCCUUGCCCCGUCGACCAUCCAAUUCUCUCCCUCCUCGUUGGCCCUUCAGUCCUUUGCCGUGAAUCUCAAGCAGGCUGCGCCCUCGCGACUGGCAACGCAGGGCCGGAGUGGCAUCGAAAUCUUGGUUCUGGAUGUUGCUGCCAUAGAAUUGGACACGGUCUUUGUGAGCCUUGAAGGCGAGCUGGCCAAAAGACUGGAAAAUGGGGAGGGCACCUUUUUCCGGGAGCACCCCAUCCGCGAAGAAGGGACAACCCCAGUGGUUUCGACCCCUGAGGCCCGCUUGACGGCAGCUUUGCGUGCCGCACUAGGCACGCUCAAGGUCGUCCAUACCGGCGACCUUUUCCCGCUGCCUCUCCCGCCGCAUCCCAUCACCCAUGUUCCGCCCAAUCCCGGCAAAAUUACUCUUUGCGAGCCUGUCGCUCAGGGAAUAUUGGCUCCCACAACCAAGAUCAUCGUCUCCGCCGGCCGCAUCCACUCCAAGCACAACCGCCCGUCAGCCCCGAUGCCGCAGAGCCGGGGUCUUAACGGCGCCACGGAUACCGACUACGAUACCUCCAACGACCAGUUCUACUCUGCCGCCGAGGAAGGUGUCCGAACUGAUAAUCCGACCGACAUUGCGGAUGCUACCGCGACUGAAACGGAAUUUGAGGAGCCAGAGGCCGAAGACGACGCUCUGUCGGACGAUUCCAUGGACGACAUGAUCUCCCUUCAAGCCCCCACCUUGUCAUCUGCCAUAACCAGCGGGAUCGCUACUCCGGCUACAAUCGGGCGAGGGCGGAAAAGCAAUGGCAUCAGUGGCGCUGCUUCUGUGUUUUCAAGUUUCACCGCGACGACGGCCCGGCCAGAUCGGCCACGCGGGCGCUUGUUCAAAGCCCAGGGAUUAUUGAGGCCCAUUCCGCCGGAUGUCUUACAUCCGAAGCCGACUCCCCAAGAUGACGAGGAAGCGAGGAUUUACGUCGAUGUCAGAGAGUUGAACCGAAUCGGCUGCUUCUCUGGAGACUGGGUGCGGGUAGAAGCAGCAAGGGAGCCGCCCUCAAACGGGUUUGGGGCAUUCGGACUGGGCAGCUUUGUGGCGCAGGACGCAGGGGAACCUGUUUGGAGGCCAGCAAGAGUCUACGGGCUGCCAGAAGGCUAUUCCAACCGGCCGGUGGCUAGGGUUGCGAGCUCGAAAUAUGAUGAUCGGAGGAUGUCCUUCUUUGAAUCCCAGAUUCAGAAGCCCUUAAGCCCUGCCGUCUACCUCUCACCCAUCAUGUUAGCGAAUCUCGAAAGCCCUCCUUACCUGCGCCUUGCGCCCAUCAAGAGGCUCACUCAGGCCGCUAAGACGUCGCAAUCCAAGCUGUCAAAUCACACUCAGCCGCCCUUUGCCCGUGAGGUUAUUUUACAGCAUGUUAGAACUCCAAUUCCGGUUGAAAGGGACGUACAGACCGCGGUCAUGGCUGGUCUGAAGUUAUACUUUGAGAGGCGGUUACGUAUCGUCAGAAGAGGAGACCUUAUUGCUGUUCCCAUCGAUGCUCAACUCGGCCGGGCAUUGCAAGAGACUACCGCUGCAGCUGACGAUUCACCCGUUGAUGAUGUCCUCGGUAUGAUUGCCAGCGGCAGGUCAGACCAUAACCUACGCUACGACGAGGUCGCGUGGUUCAAGGUUGGCCACGUCCAACCGAUGAAGCAGGAUGGGGUGGAAGAAGCCGACGAGGAGGAGGAUCCUUGGGGUUCUGUCACUUGCAUAGACAUAUCCCUCGCCCACCUGGAACAGACCGGCUCCGUGACGAGCCGUGUCCCUGGCACAGCGACAAGCAGUUGGCGCUACUAUUUGGGGCUCAAAAAGCUUCCGAAGCAGUCCAGGAGCCUCGAGAGCCCGUUAAUGGUGGAGCCGGAUCGACGGUAUGUCUCGCCGCUCAGGCGAAGACUCCGGGAGCUCAUGGCCGCCGCAACCAGCAAAGCUGCGAUCCAUCUCAAAAUGACCCCCGUGGCGAUCCUCCUCACGUCAACGCAACGAAACAUUGGCAAGGCUACAACCGCAUCGCAAGCGUGUAUGGACAUUGGUUUGCACACCUUUACUGUGGACGCGUACGAUAUCGUAAACGAUUCUGGCGCUGGAGGGAGCGACGUGAAGACGGCAGGCUUUUUGACAUCACGCGCGGAACGCGCCAUGAGCUGCGGCGCAGACUGCUGCGCUCUUCUCAUCCGCCAUAUCGAGGCUUUGACGGCGGAUCGGAUGGUCGCGUCCAUCAAGGAGAUCCUGGCUGACGCCAGGGUACUGAUUGCUACCACAACAGAAGUGGAGAAGGUGCCCGACGGUAUCAGGGCUCUGUUCACCCAUGAACUAGAAAUGAGCGCGCCUGACGAGUGCGAGCGUGAGGGUAUCCUACGGUCUAUCAUGGAUGACCGCGGGAUAGCCUUGGAUCCGGAGGUCGACCUCAGCGGAAUCGCCCUCAAAACAGCCGCCCUCGUGGCAGGAGACCUGGUUGACGUUGUCGAGCGGGCGCUCGUCGCGCAGCGGUCUCGCCUGGAGCAGUUGUCGGCAAAAGCUACCAGCGGAGAGCGCAUCGUGACCAUUCGGGACGUACAGGUAGCUGGCGGACCGGCUGCCUUGGGCCUCAGCAAGCAGGACUUUGAAGUUGCCGUGGACGCCGCCCGCAAGAACUUCGCCGACGCCAUAGGCGCGCCCAAGAUUCCCAACGUGACCUGGGACGAUGUUGGAGGGCUGAACAACGUGAAGGAAGCGAUUACCGAAACCAUCCAGCUGCCCUUAGAGAGGCCAGAGCUGUUUGCCAAGGGCAUGAAGAAGCGCUCGGGGAUACUCUUUUACGGACCCCCCGGCACCGGCAAGACGCUCCUCGCCAAGGCCAUCGCGACCGAGUACAGCCUAAACUUCUUCAGCGUCAAGGGCCCCGAGCUGCUCAACAUGUACAUUGGCGAGUCGGAAGCCAACGUGCGCCGCGUCUUCCAGCGCGCUCGCGACGCGAGGCCCUGCGUCGUCUUUUUCGACGAGUUGGACUCUGUCGCGCCGAAGCGAGGAAACCAGGGCGACAGCGGCGGCGUCAUGGAUCGCAUCGUGUCGCAGCUGCUCGCCGAACUGGACGGCAUGUCCGGCGGGGAGGACACGGGCGGCGUGUUUGUCAUUGGCGCGACCAACCGGCCUGAUCUGUUGGACCAAGCGCUCCUGCGGCCCGGCCGCUUCGACAAGAUGCUCUACCUCGGCGUGUCGGACACGCACGACAAGCAGCUCAAGAUCAUGGAGGCCCUGACGAGAAAGUUCACCCUCCACCCCUCCGUCUCUCUGCGCUCCGUAGCUGAGCGGCUGCCCUUCACCUACACGGGCGCCGACUUCUACGCGCUCUGCUCCGACGCCAUGCUCAAGGCGGUCACGCGGCAGGCCCGCCUCGUCGACGCCAAGAUCAGGACCAUCAACUCCCAGAGAGAGCAGCAGCAGCAACAACCCAUCUCGACGGCCUACUUUUUCGACCACUUUGCCAUGCCCGAGGAUGUCGCCGUCGUCGUCACGGAGCAGGACUUUCUCGACGCCCACGCCGAGCUCGUCCCCAGCGUCAGCGCGGGGGAGCUGGCGCACUAUGAGCGCGUCAGGGCUGCAUUUGAAGGGGCGAAGAAGCAGGAAGGUGGAACAGCGGCCCGAUUGGGUGGUCUGGCCGAGAAGAGAACGGUUUCGGGUGCGUCCGGGCGAAGCGUUGGUAGUAGUGGCGGCGGCAAGGGCAAGGGGAAGAUGCCCGUGGGCAAGGGAAAAGGGAAGGCGGUUGCGCUGGAUAGCGACGGGGGGUACGAUCAUGAGGAUGAUGAUGGGGAUUAUGAGUCUGACAAUGAUGGUGGUGGAGGGUUGAAUGGGAGUGUCAGUACCGUAUUCAGGGAUAAGGGGAAGGGGAAGGAAGUCGCUGCGGCGCCGUUUGGGGACGGCUUGGUGGGAAGUGGCGACGAGUCAUUGUAUGACUAGUUUUAUCCUGUAAGGGAUUGUAUUGGAUGGGAAGGAGGCAGGUAGAUGAAAUGGUAAUUGUCGUGGGCUCUUGGAUAUGGUGGGAUUUCUCUGUGGCUACCCCUGAUCGUGCAGGCAUCUAAUACCGGACCCAGAUGACUUACUAUCGACAUUGGGGGACAUGAACAUUGACAGUGGCUAUUAACACAUUCCCGGUAAAUCAAAUCACCCAAGGCUAUGCUUAACGGUUUCGCCCUCGACACAUUUCACUUCAUCUCAUUUCAUCUUUGCCUUGCCUUCAUCUUUCUCCUCCUCUUCCUCCUCCUCAUCAUCUUCUUCUUCACUUUCCUCAUCAUCAUCCUCAUCCUCAUCCUCAUCCUCAUCAUCCUUUUCUUCCUCCUCCUCU